AAGUAAACAAACAUCAUGGCGGCCGAGGCAACGUUCUAUUUCACCACUACCGUCAUGCUUUGCGCCCGCCUGCUCCUUGCCGAAGCUUUACAGGUUCAGAUCCCGGAGGUAGUGACGUUGCGCCACGUCCAGGUGCAGAUUGACGUGACCGACGUUCCCGGGUAUCCACCUGGCUACAACGAGUCGUGCGCGACGUCACACGUCACGGGCAACAAGGCUUUGAUGCUGAACGUGUCGAUGAAGGUCUUCGCUCCUGGUAUUCAGAUAGACACCGAAUUCUUUUCACCCGAUCAAAACGCCCUGGUCGCAGUGGACACAGACAACGAUCACUGUGGCAUGUCCUGGACUGAUGUGUUCAACACCUUGUUCCCCCUCCAACAUCUGAACAAUGAGACUACACGGGUCUACUGUGAGCCUGCGCCAAGCUACCCAUCUGACAGCCGUGGCGGGGUCACAUCACCGAUUGACAUAAACAUCUUGCAGCCUCCCUUCAGCCCAGGCGACCCGAUCCAGCACAAGCUCCACCCCCCGAUCUGGUCCCUCAUGUUUACGGACACCUGGGUGCAACAGAACUCUCCUUACGUGGUGCUGGACAUGUCCGUGGGCCACCUGAGGGCCGGCGUGUGGACCAGCUGGGUGUGCCGGGCCACCGGGGAUCCACUCAACAUGGACGUGUACCUGGCACUGGCACCGGCAGGUCAGUAA